AUGGCAUCGACGCCGUCGUCGCUCCCGUCGAGGCUGUCGACGCGUCUGUCGAUCCAAAGGCGCACGCGCGCGAGUUGUAGAGGUGCCGCGCGACCGACAAGUCAUCGAAACGAAUUCUUUCUUCGCCCACGCGCGACCGCGGACGACGCCGCGGAGGAGAUCCUGGGCGUGUACGUCACCGCGGGCGCCGUGGAUGUGCGCGCGGCGGCGGUGAACGCGCGCACGGGGGCGUUUCUCCGGGCGGGGGCAUCGACGAAGCUGGAGAGCGCUUCGGCGAGCGGCGUCGUCGAGGCGGUGCGAAAGGUGGUGGACACGCUCGAAUGGCGGGGAGCGGUGGGAAUAUCGCUCCCGGGAUUGGUGACUCGGAUAGAAGGCGAAAGUGCGGACGCGAAGCGAGGGACGAUCGUGCGGGCGGAGCUGGAGGCGGCGACGCGCACGGCGACCGGAUGCGAGGUGGCAAUUUCAUCAGGAGCCGAGGCGUGCGGAGCGGCAGAGUUGGCGUAUGGCGCCGGGGUCGAGCUGGGGGAAGUGGCGACGAAAGGAUUGGUGAUGUUUUGCAUGGUGGGUGCGCGUUUCAGCACGAGUCUGUACGACGCCGGUCAGAUUGUCAAAAAUUUCUCUGGUGAAAAAGUCGUCGAUUCGUGGGGUGACGGAGACGUGGCGACUAUUCCGGAAGAAAACGGGGCGACCGAUAACGAGACGGGGUGGAAAGCGUUCGCUCAACGCGUUAAUGCGUAUCUCAUCGAGCUCGAGGAGAAGUACAAACCCGACGCGAUCAUCCUCGGCGGGAAAGCAGGUCAAAACGCGGAGAAAAUUUUGCCUGCGUUAACGUGCCAAACCAAGGUUGUUCCAGGCACGCUUGGGUUCGUCGCCGGUGUCAAGGGCGCGGCGCUCUUGGCGUCGCAACAGAUCGCGACUCGAGGGACAUUAUCUCGUGUUCGCGAGGCGAUCGGAGUCGCCAACGGAGUGUCUCCGCAAUCGCUCACCGACGAGCAGUUGAGGAGUGUCUUCGACAAGUUUGACACGUCGCAAAAUGGCGUCUUAGAGCUCGAUGAGCUCAUCGCCGCGACUGAGGCGUUGAACGUCCAGGUGCACGACGCUCGCAAGUUGAUGGAUUCGCUAGAUUACGACGAAAACGGGGUCGUUUCGUUCGACGAGUGGAUGCGCUGGUGGAAGAGCCAGGUGAAGGUAGAAACCGUCACCACCAUCGUUUCCCAGGCCGAGUGGCACAACGUGCUCAAGGACGAGGGUGAUCGCCUCAUAUGUCUCGAGGUCGGAUUCACGUUCUGCCGACCGUGCAAGGCGUUUGCGAAAAAGUUCCAUCAAAUUGCCGAGGAUUUUCCCAGCGUCAAGUUUGUUUUCAUGCAUGGCAAUGAAAACGGCUCGACGACAAUUUUGGCUCGCGACGAGCUCGGCGUCAAGGCCACGCCCUCGUUCUUCCUAUUUCGUUCGGGUAAGAGAUUGCACAUGCAUUCCGGCGCAAAGGAAGAACGUCUGCGUAACGCGAUUAAUCGACACUUGACGGAUUCCGAGUGGCCGCAGGCGCUCGGCCCGCGCCUGCCCGUGAUCUCGGAAGAAGAGGAGCUCAAACUCGCCGAGCGAUCGUAA